AUGGCCAAAAGAACAAACCCAUUUAAGCCAUCUGUAAUCAUAGAGAACAGAAAUAUCAAAUUGGACGGAAGAACAAUUUCUGCGGCUAUCAAAUUGCAUUUUUUGGAACCACUAAGUCAAAAUCAACAGAAUCAGGGUCGAAAAAUGUCAUUAAUCCGACAAAUCGUUGAUGGCAUGCUGCUGGACUUCUUUGCAUCGCUACAGCCUACGGCUCAGCUUUUAAUCAGAAAAGCACAACCUAAUUUUACCGGCUGUUUUGCUGUUGCUGUGAUGCUGCUAUUCCUCCAGCAUCAGCAGAGCCUUGGCUCACCACCAUCUCAAGCCACCACUGUGGACCUGGAGAAUCAAGCUGCAUCAAGCAGAGCAUAA